UCUGCUGUCCUUCCCACAGCCCGCAGCCCGCAGCCCAACGCAUCUUUCCGAACCACAGUUUUGUUUUAAACGAUCUGAUAUGAAGACGAACCUUCGAAUUCGUCUUAAAAGGGAUACACAUAGCUGAAGGACUGGAAAUACCUUCUCCUCUUUUGCUGUUUCUUUUUCUCUUCCUCUCUACCCCGGGUUCGCAAUCGCCAUGACGCGCCCGAUUGUCUAUAGCGUCGCCCUCGGCGUCUUUGUGUGUACAACGGUCAUGACCAUAGUGUCUAUCUUGACGCCGCAUUGGGUCACGUAUUCCGUCACCGCAGACACGGGCUCGACGUUUAAGAAAUACAUUGGACUUCACCAGAGUUGCUCCUCCGUCGACGAUCCCUCGUGCCGACCCUUCCCUAACGACGACGACUGCCGCGAUGACCAGUUCUUCUGCUCCAUGUGGAGGAGCAGCGGAUUCCUAAUCUCAUUUGCCACCAUCGUUGAGCUCGCAACCCUUAUUACCUUCCUCGUCGUGAUGGCCGGCGGCAAGUACAAGCGCGAGACGGGAUGGAAGUUGAUCGGCUUCCUUUUGCUUGCCGACGCCGCCGUCGAGUUCGCGAGUAUGGGCAUCGUGGCCUAUCUCUUUGAUACUGAUUCCCAAUUCAUCAUUCCUGGCUGGUCCCUGGAUUGGUCUUGGAUCCUGUGUACCAUCAGCGGAUCCGUAUCUAUUCUGAUUGCGACAAGUCUGGCCGUCUCUGCCUGGUUACUGCCGCCCGAAGACGACUACGAAUAUCUCGAGGAUCCAACCGACGCCUAAAAAAUGAAACGGCUUAGGAUAUGUCAAGGUAUCCUAUAAAUGGCAGAUCAGGAGCAGAGCUCCAUUAAGGGGUUUAUAUAUAAGAGCCCCUAUAUCAGUAAAACGGAAGAUCGGUUACGAUUCUUAGUGAAGGCCUCAGUUAGUAAACAGUAAUGCGGUUUUCUUAUUAUACGGGCGUGCAGUAUAUAGGGCACGUGGCGUUUUAUUAAGGGGUUUGCUUCGGCUGCAUAAGACGCAUAGCCAUUGUCUAAAUUGAAUUUGAUACUCGAACAAGUGUUCACGAUCACGGAAGCUUGGAUGGCAUAGUUCACUAAGUGACCACGGAAGAAAUAACGUAUUGAUAUGUAUCAAAUUUUGCAAUUGGGUAUCCUUUGCGUAGAACGUGCGCGGUCUAUCUAUUAUUAUGAUCAGUGAUAAUACACG